AUGCAGCAUUCUGCCAUGUCUGCUUUGAUUUUCUGGGCCAUUUCUCUCCUCACCGCCUUCACUCUAGCCUCUUCGUCAAAUGAUGGACCUUUCUACGAUUCUACUGCCUACACAGAGUGUAAAUCAGAACCGGAGAAGCCACUUUACAAUGGAGGAUUGCUGAGAGACAGCGAAGCUUCUGUCGCAGUAACAAGGACUGGUGCUCGUUACACACCAGCUUACAUAUUGCAAAAUCUAACACAAAAUACCAUAUAUUGUUUCUCCAUCUGGGUGAGGAUUGAGGCUGGUUCUGCAACAGCUCGUGUAAGAGCAAAGCUGAGAACAGACAACGACACUUUAAACUGUGUCGGUUCUGUAUCUGCCAAACAUGGUUGUUGGUCAUUCCUCAAAGGCGGCUUCCUUCUUGAUUCUCCUUCUAAACUAUCCAUCCUCUUCUUUGAGACAUCAAACGACGAUGGCAAGAUCCAAUUACAAGUCGCGAGUGCUUCCCUUCAGCCCUUCACGCAGGACCAAUGGAGGAACAACCAAGAUUCCUUCAUUGACACCGCGAGAAAACGAGCAGUGACAAUUCACGUGGCCGGAGAAAACGGAGAGAGCGUUGAAGGAGCAGUGGUGAGAGUAGAGCAGAUCUCUAAAGACUUCCCCAUUGGAUCUGCCAUCUCCAAAACCAUUCUCGGCAACAUUCCUUACCAGGAGUGGUUCGUGAAGAGAUUCGACGGGACGGUGUUUGAGAACGAGCUGAAAUGGUACGCGACGGAGCCCAAUCAAGGCAAACUCAAUUACACAUUCGCUGAUCAGAUGAUGAAUUUCGUCAGGGCCAACCGAAUCAUCGCUCGUGGCCAUAACAUCUUCUGGGAAGAUCCCAAAUACACACCCGCCUGGGUUCGCAAUCUAACCGGAGAAGAUCUCCGGUCUGCAGUGAACCGGAGAAUCCGGAGUCUAAUGACUCGGUACAGAGGAGAGUUCGUGCACUGGGACGUGAGCAACGAGAUGCUUCACUUCGACUUCUACGAAAGCCGUCUGGGGAAAAACGCGUCGUACGAGUUCUUCGCGGCGGCGCGUGAGUACGACUCGCUGGCGACUCUUUUCCUGAAUGAUUUCAACGUGGUGGAGACUUGCAGCGACGAGAGGUCGACGGUGGACGAGUACAUCGCGAGGGUCAGGGAACUCGAGCGGUACGACGGCGGAGGCGUACGGAUGGACGGAAUCGGAAUCGAAGGUCACUUCACGGUGCCGAACGCGGCGCUGAUGAGAGCAAACCUCGACAAGCUCGCGACGCUCGAGCUGCCAAUCUGGCUCACCGAGAUUGAUAUCAGUUCCACUCUUGACCACCGCACUCAGGCGAUAUAUUUGGAGCAAGUGUUACGAGAAGGGUUCUCGCACCCAUCGGUGAAGGGUAUGAUGCUAUGGACCGCACUUCACCCUAACGGCUGUUACGAAAUGUGCCUAACCGACGAUAAAUUCCAGAAUCUUCCGGCCGGAGACGUGGUGGAUCAGAAGCUUAAAGAAUGGAAGACCGGUCAGGUUAAGGCCACGACCGACGACCAUGGCUCUUUCAGCUUCUUCGGCUUUUUGGGAGAGUAUAGAGUCGGCAUCUUAUACAAGGGCAGAACGGUUAACUCGUCUUUCUCGCUAUCUCCAGACCUUCAGACCAAACAUGUUAGGCUCCAAAUCUAA